UAAACCGUAGAAAAAGAACCCCAAUCCUUUGCAAAAGCUCGAGAAGUGGAAAUGGCGACGGACGUUAUUAUACAUGCGGCAAUUUUGUUACUAACACUGGCUAUUGUCUUCGCGAUUCGAUACGUUCCCAAACAAACCGUAACCAAGCACCGAACCGAUCAUCGAGCCACGACCCAAACCCAACGCCAUCUCAUCCGAGCUACCCAGCUUCUUUCUCGAGCCAAAUCCAAUCCCCAGAGAGACCAAACUCAAACCCUAGCUAAAACCGCCAUAGCCGAAAUCGAAAAAGCCCACUCUCUUUCGCCGAAGGACCCAAAUCCUUACAUUCUCAAAUCCCUAGCUCUCGACUUAUUGGGACACAAGGGACCCGCUCUCAGAUCGCUGGAUUUGGCGUUGGCUUCGCACCGCGUGAAGUCACUCUCGGAGAAGGAACGCGUGGAGGCGCUGGUGAGGAGGGCUGAGUUGAAGUUGGCUGUUAAUAAGAAAAGGCGAGUUGACUCGGCCGUCACGGAUUUGGAGGAGGCUGUUAAGGUGAGUGAGAGUGAGUUGAAAACAAAGGCGUUUUGUUUUCUGGGUGUUUGUUACGAAUUAAAAGGGAUGAAGGAAGAAUCUAGGAAGGCAUUCGAAGAGGCGAUUAAGGUGGAGCCUGACUCAACCGUUGCUCGUCAGGGUUUGGAACGGUUUCAAGUGCCCCAUAGUUGCCGGUAAAUGGAAGUCUUGUCUUCGAACAUCCCUAGAGUUGGAGCUUUCACUACCCAAGAUGUACACAUUACACCAUUUCCAAAGUUAAUUUUACGCUUUCGUAUCUAUUUGAGAAUUUCACAAGGUAUUGUUGGGGAUCAGCAUGUUGCUCAAUCGGAUUUGAUA